ACCGUCACAGUCAAAGUGUGUGUGGAUUGACUUGGUCGCACUUGAGCUGGUGAGAGCGCUUUGAACGCGGCGCUUUCCUCAAAAGAAAAGCUGCAGUGACGCCUUUGUGCAAGUGCGACACAGGCACUUCCACCUUCCCCUCCCUCCCUUCCUUCCUUCCUUCCUUCCUUACACCCUCCCUCCCUCACUUACAUCCGGGUCGGAACCAGCGCAGGCGAACCAAGCGGAAAAACUCCCGAGUCCAGUCCGUGAGACGGUGAUCAGGCUUCGGCCUCAGGUGCAUCUCUGAGGCGGGGCGACGCUGGAGGUCCAGGUGUAGUGGAGGCAUGGACUGUAACUGCGUCAGUGAUCUGCUGCUCCCCCCGGUGCCCGCGCUCUGGACGCCAGUCAUUCAGACAGCAGCGGCAGCACUCCUCCGCCCCCAGCCCCCUGGUGAGCAGCGGGACAAACGACAGGCCUCAUCCUCCUCCUCCUCCUCUCUUUCCUGCUCCCUCCGUCCAGGGUUCGCCUUCCCGGACUGGGCAUACAAGCCUGAGUCGAGCCCCGGCUCCAGGCAGAUCCAGUUGUGGCACUUCAUCCUGGAGCUGCUGCAGAAGGAGGAGUACCAGGGAUUCAUCGCCUGGCAGGGAGACUACGGAGAGUUUGUCAUCAAGGACCCGGACGAGGUGGCGCGGCUGUGGGGGAUCAGGAAGUGCAAACCACACAUGAACUACGACAAGCUGAGCAGGGCUCUGAGGUAUUAUUACAACAAGCGCAUUUUGCACAAAACCAAAGGGAAACGAUUCACCUACAAGUUUAACUUCAGUAAGGUGGUGUUGGUGAACUAUCCCAUCCUGGACAUGGCCAACUCUCCCUUCUUUCUGGCCCAGAAUCACUUCAACGGGGGCUCCACGGCACCAGACUGCACCCCAGAGGCCAUACAGUCCCUGUUUCCUCGUCUGCCGGACUCCAGCAGAGGAACAUCCUUGUUUGAUCGAGGGACGACGGCACCGGGGCCCGAAGGAGACAAACUAAGACUGGACACGUUCCCUUUCCUCAGUUCAGGUGCCCCGUGCUACUCCAAACCCCCGUCUCUGCUGGGCCCGUACCCACGCAACCCACCCUUUGACUACCCGUGGGGAUUCAACCCCUACCUCCCAGGGGCCUUCUCCCUCAAUAACUGCCCCAAACUGCCCCCUGGCUCUCUCUACCCCUCCCAGUUUUACCCCAACCCUUUGCAGAGCAGCCUCUCCCAGCUGCCUCACCCCUUCUCCUCACUGCUCCCCCCAGGGGAGGCAAACGGCACAGCGGGUGGUCAGCCAACCAGGCCCUGCCUGCCGCCCUACCCGGGGGGCCUGUCGCUGGGUCGCACGGACAUUGGAAACGGGGCGACAUUGGGGGAAAGGGUGGACAGUCCUCCAGGCACGGGGCUCAGUCUGGGGCUGGGAGCCGCCGGGCUGGGAGCCGGAACUGGGGCAGAGCGGCAGAGCCCCACAGAGAGGAGAGGAGGGGUGAAGCAGGACCCAGAGUCGGACUCAGACCUGGAGAUCACGGAUCUGAGCGACUGCAGCUCGGAGAACGAAAACGAGCACGAGCAUUUCGGCCUGAGGAAGGAAUCCAGCCUGGCCAGCCGAUCACAGAUCCUGUUGGAUGGAAAGAAAGCCGGCGUGCUGCCACCCAUCUCCGCUCUGCCCCCGCCGGUGUCACCGCAUCCUCUGAAGAGCCUGAUUCCCGUCAUUCCUCCUCCUCCUCCUCCUCCUCCACCGCCGUCCCUGGCUCCAUCACUGUCCCCCUCCGUGGCUCUGCGGGAAAGACACAGGGAGACAGAGUCUGUGAAAAUGAUGCACAGCUAAUACGUGUUGUGGUCUUCUUUGCCUGUCUAUGCUCUGAUAACUCUCUUCUUCUCUCCUUUCAUUUGUCUGCUUCAAAUGAGAAAUACUUCUCCCCAGGGAGGGCACUGAUACAAUGUCUCUUUCCCUGUUUACAUAAGGUCCAUGAUAAUACUGACACAGGCUGGGUGACGUGGAUUACAGAAUAAUCUGCAGAGUUUCAGACCCUAUCCCCAUAUGUACGAGGUCUAUGGGGAUAUUCUCUGGACUCAUGAAAAGUUUUCCUUUGAGAUGUUUGUGCUUCUCAAAGCAGAGUGACAAUACACUGUAAAUACACUCUCAAAUAAAAGAUCGACUGUU